GGAAUUGUCUACCUUUCAACAACAACAACAACAACGAUUAUUUGCAAAAUCGAUUUUUUUUCCUGCAUGCUACAAAUAAUCAUUGUCGUUUGAUACUGCUUAAGACGUCUUAAAAAACAGUGUGGAAACCAUUUUUCAAUCCUGCUUGCCCCACAUGUUGAGAGUUGGAUGUUCGGUCCACUCUGUCCCAGCUGACUGCUUUGCAUGAAGAAGCACAUAGUGAAGAGAAUUUUUAAGAAAUUACUGAAUGUUACAGUAAAUUUUCGGUGUGGUAAGAAGAUGGAGGACAGUGCUGUUACCACAAGCUCCAACCUGAAUGACUCGCAACUUUCACAGUUAUCUCAGAUCACUGAAGCAGGAUCUUUGGAGAAGUCAGCAGAAAACAAAUUUCUUGAUCAUGAAUGGGGAACAAAUUUGCUACGUGGAUUUUCUAAGCUUUAUAAGGAUCAGGAAUUUGUUGAUAUAACUCUUGUUGUUGAUGAUAGGGAGUUUUUCUGUCAUAAGAACGUCCUUGCAAUAUCUAGUCCUUUCUUCAUGGCUUUGUUUUCAACGACUCUGUCAGAGAGUAAACAAGAGAAGAUAACUCUAAAGGAAAUUGAUAGUCUUACAAUGGAGCUUGUUCUCGACUACAUUUACACAGGCGAGGUAUGCAUGACAGAAGAAACUGUUCAAGAUCUGCUGUCUGCUGCUAAUAGGUUUCAGCUGCUUCCAUUACGAGCCGGUUGUGCCGACUUCAUGCGCCGCCACAUAACAGUUUCGAACUGCAUUGGUGUUUAUUUCUUCGCAAAGGCGCAUGAGUGCAGCGUAUUAGCUGCAAAGGCAAAAGAAAUCAUUAACAAACAAUUUUCAGUAUUAUGUCUCAACCAGGAAUUUCUGUUGUUACCUGCUGAUAAAUUAAUCGAAAUUACAAGCGAUGACAAUAUAGAAAUUGCGCAGGAAGAAAUAAUGUAUGAAGCAUGUUUCAACUGGGUGAAAAGCAAUUUGACGGAAAGGAAACAGCAUCUUGGAGACGUGAUGGGCUGCGUACGGUUUGCAAACAUAAACUCGUAUUACUUCUGUGACAGGAUAGACUGUAACCAGAUGUUAAAAGAGUGUGACAGUCUGAAGGAGACUUUGGAUAAUGUGAAAUAUUUUCACAUGCUUAGGGACCGACAUCAAGAGAUGGACCUUAAUUUGAUGCCAAGGAAGGGAAUGCAGUAUGAACGUGGAGUUAUGAUCAUUGCUAACCCCUAUACUGAGGAUUCCUUGAAGAAAUAUAACAGCAUUGAAGUUCUGCUGCCAAAAACAGGGGAGGUUGUGUUCCUUUGUAAGCUGCCACAGAGUCUUUACACACCAGGCUGUGCGAUUACUGGAGACAAUCAAAUAUACCUAGCUGGCGGAUCUAUACGUAAGAUAAACUACAGGGGAUCGAUAACAACUGAAGGUGUCUCGAAUCUGUUCUACAUCUAUGAUCAGUCCUCGGCGUCCUGGAUACAGAAAACAAGAAUGCAUGUUUCAAGAUCAAUGUUUAAUCUGACCAUAGUAGAUGGGUUUGCUUAUGCUAUUGGUGGGAUGGAUGGUACAGAAACAUUGAGCACUGUAGAACGCUAUGAUCCCAGGGCUAACACUUGGACUCUAGUUGCACCUCUGCCACAACCAUUACGGUUCACCACAUCAGUCAGCCUGAAGGGAAAACUGUUUGUGUUUGGUGGGGAGGGAGUUACAGAUGUAGUUAGUACAGCUUACAGGUAUGACCCUGCAGAAGACAGCUGGACAGAGUUAACUCCCAUGUCUGUUGCUAGAGUUCUGGCAGGAAGUGUGGUGCAUCAUGGGAAAAUAUAUGUUAUUGGAGGAAAUGGUCAGAUCAGUGACAAAUGGAAGAGAGAAUUUCUGCCGGAAUUUUGUGUUAGCUCCGUGGAAAUUUAUGAUAUUGACAACAAUUCAUGGUCGGCUGGUCCCGAACUUCCCAAUGCCCUUUGUGGGGCAGGUGUUGUUAAGUACGGGGGCACAAUCUUGAUAGUGGGUGGGGAAGAUGAUAAAAGCUGGAUGGCAGGACUGUGUUGGUUAAAGGAAGAAAAAGGGAGACAACUGUGGAUGGAAGGACAAGAGUUACCUACUGUGAUGAGCACUUUCGGCUGUGCCGUAGCAAACAUACAAAGAGAUACUCUGAGACAGCAAUGUUAAAUUUAAAGCUGUAAAAUGCAUUUUAAGUUUUUACAGUAGAAAAUAUAUAGAUAUUUCCCACCGUGUUGUGCAUGCAACAUAAAAAAAAUUGCAUUAUUCACUAUUUACCUUUAAGUAUGGACAACUUUCAGUAUUUGUAAAAAAUUUCUCUGCCAGUCCAAUGAAAUUGCUUUGAUUCGUCUACAAAUUUUAGGUGAAAAUGUUUCUCAUAAAAAUCCAUAAAAAGUGAGUACUCCAAAAGUGACUAGUAAUACAAACUUAAUGACAUAAAUUUUGUAAGAUAUCCUUAGAAAUAACCAAAAUUAUUGUAAGGAAGAUACAUGUAUUCAACUCUGGCAGUGCUUUAGAAAAAAAUGCAGUCAGUUUUAAAUUACAUUCUCUUUGCUUUAUUACCAAUAUCUAACUUUAAUUUUCACUCACUUCAACAUUUUUCAGUGUCAUAUAUGUAUACAUUCUAUGUCAAACUUAGUGGAAAUAAACAUGUUGAAGAAUUUCACCCAAACUGGGUGAAUAGCUUUAAAUAUCAGUUUAUAUAUUAGAAGUGAAACUUUUAAGUGUCUAAAAGUUGGUUGGUUGUUUUAGGUUUAAUGCCGUUUUUCAACAGUAAUUCAGUUAUGAAAUGGCGGGCAGUUAACCUAACCAGUGUUCCUGGAUUCUGUACCAGUACAAACCUGUUCUCCGCAAGUAAAUGCCAACUUCCCCACAUGAAUCAGAGGUGGAGCAUGAAUGAUUUCAGACACAAUGUCUUUUAUCAAAUCGUCACGGAGAACAUAUGCCUCGCCCAGGGAUCGAACUCAUGACCCCGCGAUCCAUAGAUCUGCGCUCUCACUGUCAAAAAGUGGUCUAACUUAUAGAUGGUCUUUAUUCACAAAUCAAAAUACAAUUUCUUUUAAAUCGGGAGCCAGGUGGUGAUCUUCAGUCAAGAACUCACUGUUCAUAAUUUCUUGGGCAAGUCUGCAAUUAUUGUACAAGCUCAAAGUAAUAAGUGUUAGCAAUUUGUCUAUAUUGUGAGUCUUGUUUUGUUUAAAUUUGUUUGUUUUUAUAAUUUUAUUUAUAUAUUGUUAAAAGAUAUUGUCAUGAAAACAUAAUAUGUAAGAGGACCUAUAAAAAUAUUUUUAAAAUAUAAGAGGACCUAUAAAUUUUUGUUUGCAUUUACAUGAACAGUCCGGUUACUGUGAUAAUAGAUAAUUAUGAUAUGAGCCGCGCCAUGAGAAAACCAACAUAGUGGCUUUGCAACCAGCAUGGAUCCAGACCAGCCUGCGCCUCAGAAUCCAUGCUGUUUGCAUUCAAUGUCUAUUGCAAUUAGAGAAACUGUUAGCGAACAGCAUGGAUCCUGACCAGACUGCGCAGAUGCGCAGGCUGGUUUGGAUCCAUGCUGGUCGCAAAGCCACUAUGUUGAUUUUGUCAUGGCGUAGCUCAUAUGUAGCCAUUUUUAUUUAUCUGUAAAAUCAAUAUCAUUAGUAUUUAGUGUAUACAUCAUCAAUCAAAUAGAGGGUCUUUUCAGAUUACGAGUUCAUCCAAACAUGUGCCCAACAUCUCUAUGAUAAUUAGGUCUUAGGUCAUUCGAUAUCAUGCGAAGAAGUUGUCAGUUAUUUGAAAAAGUUAUUGUAUGAAUAAUUCAAAAAUAGCAACCAUAGAGUGGUAAUUUGGCCAAUAGUAUUAUAAGCACAUAUAGAUGGUUUUAAGCAGAAAGCAGGGAGAUUUUUUUGUGGACAAUUUGAAGAUCAAAGAGCUAUUCUUCUUACCAUGGUGGUGCCAUCACUGCCACACUUUGUUUAAAAUUUUACAUAUAAUGCUGAUACAUGUCUCUGUAAACAUUGAAACUGCACUCUUAAAGACUUGAUUUCUUAGUCAUUUUUAAACCCACUAAUACAUGUAUAACAAUAAUUGAAGAAAGAUAACUAUUGGUUGAAUUUGAUUCAAAUUAUGGCC